CAGAGAGGAAGUAGUGGAGCCUCGGCUUGUCCUGGAGUUACACAACCAGCAAUUUAGGUAUCCUGUGUGAUGAAAUGAGUGGAAAAGAGAUUUCAGUGGCCAUUGUCGGUGGAGGGAUUUCAGGCUUGGUCUGUGCAGCUAGACUGUCACAGUUGGGAAUCACAAACUCCGUAGUGUUUGACACUGGGAAACAUGGCCCCGGAGGCAGAUGUAGCAGCCGGUACAUCAACAUUAAUGGAAAACUUCAUAUAUUUGACCACGCUGUCCAGUUCUUCACUGUGAGUGACCAGAGAUUUGCCAAAAUUGUGUCCUUUAUGCACAACAAGAAAGCAGUGAAAUUAUGGCCUGGCAAAAUUGUUCAGCUCAAAGCGGGGAAACAGCCAGAAGAAAUCAAGAACAUGCAGAUGUUCAUUGGAACAAGGGGAAUGCAGACGGUCCCUGAGUGUCUGUCAAGUCUUGUCCGUGUUGAGGUGCACAAGUGGGUCAGCAGUGUGCACUGGGAUCCACUAAUUAAAAAGUGGCAAGUCGAUGACGGCUGGUUUGAUUACUUGGUGGUGGCCCAUAAUGGAAAGUGUGCUUCAAGGCUCAUGGAACACUCAGGGGCUCCACAAAUCCACAACCUUCUCAAAGUUAAGUUUGGACCUGUUCUAUCACCGCAGACUCACGUCAUGCAGCUUUGCUCCCUCUGGGUUUUGUUGUUUGCCUUAACAAAAAAAGUUUCAUUGAGCUAUGAUGGGGCAUUUGCGGAACACCCAGACAUAUCAUGGAUUGGAAAUAACACAUCUAAGUACGGUGACAAUCAGAUGGAAUGUUGGACUGUCAUUAGCACAAAGGCAUUUGGGGCCAGCCAUAAGGCUCCUCAAGAGUUUUUACCACCUUCCAAAGAAAAAGAGGUCACUCAUUUACUUUUAAACGGAUUUGCAGAGGUGACUGGCGUUGAUCGAAAAAUGUUGACUCCCUGCUUCACUAAAGUACAGCUGUGGGGUGCGGCUAACCCCCUCAAUGUGCUGCAGGGUGAGGGCUGUGCCUUCCAGGCAAGUCACAAUGUGGGAAUAUGUGGAGACUGGCUCGUAAGUCCAAGCAUUGAAGGAGCAGCGGUCAGCGGCCUGUCCCUAGCUGAGGUCAUUUGGCAACAUUUCCAAGGAGAAAGAAGAGAUGUUGGCCUAAAAAGCCAUCUGCAGCCAUCGGAGAAUGAAGCUAUAGGUGCCUUCCCUGCAAGCAAAACAUUAUUUUUUAACCCUGUGAAAUAACGGUUCUACUGUUCU